AUGGUUACCUACUAUUCCAAAUUUUUGCCAAAUGCAUCAUCUAUUACUUAUCCGCUAAGAUAUUUACUAAAGAAAAAUGUAAAAUUCCACUGGUCUGCUAAUUGUGAAGCCGCGUUCAUCAAAUUGAAAAAUGAAAUAUCAAGUGACCGAGUUUUAAUGCCGUACCACCCAAAUUUGCCUAUCACGGUCGCAUGCGAUGCAAGUCCAACCGGCAUAGCUGGAGUUUUAUCGCACAUGGUAAAAGGUGUCGAGAAGCCAGUGUCAUUUGCAUCAAGAUCUCUAACAGCAGCAGAACAGAACUACAGCCAAUUGGACAGAGAAGCUUUGGCUAUUAAAUUUGCAGUUCAAAAAUUUCACAAUUAUAUUUUUGGUAGAGAAUUUACAUUGAUUACUGACAACCGUCCUUUAUAUAGAAUUUUUCAUCAUGAUAGUCUUAUACCCUCAAUGACAUCAUCCCGUUUACUUCGAUAUGCAGCAUUCCUGAGUGAGUACCAGUACAAAGUCAAACAUAAAAGAAGUGAAGAAAACCAGAAUGUUGAUUACCUUUCAAGGGCACCAUUGAAGCUAAAAGAUCCAAACGUUCUACAAGAAGACGAUAUUAUUCACUGGCAAACUAUAAAUCAAAUUUCUACUUCUUCAAUUACAUAUGAGGUAAUUUCUAAAGAGACAAACAAUGACCCAGAACUGUCAGCACUGAAACAAGAACUCUCAUCAGGCAGCUGUAAUGAUCCUGAAUAUUCUUUACAAGACGGCAUAAUUUUCAAAAGACACAGAGUUUACAUUCCAGAGAAACUUCGGGCAGAUAUCCUGAAAGAGCUCCAUCACACCCAUUUGGGUAUUGUCAAGAUGAAAAAUUUAGCAAGAAGAUAUUGCUAUUGGAAGAAAAUUGAUCGAGACAUCGAGCAUCUAGUCCGAGAAUGCAGAAGUUGCGCAGAAGUGAAGGACAAUCCUGGAAAAAUAUCGAAUCAUCACUGGGAAGAGCCUUCGUCCAAUUUUGAACGAAUACAUAUCGACUACGCUGGACCUUUCUUAGGAUAUAAUUUUCUAAUAGUAAUGGAUGCAAAAUCAAAAUGGCCUGAAAUCAAAAUUCAAAAAAGCACUCCAUCUAGUGAUUCUACAAUACAUUUGUUAAAGGAUAUUUUUAGUGUUGAUGGACUACCUCAAGUACUUGUCUCCGAUAACGCAA